CUGGGCAAGAAGGAACAGGAAACCCCGGAAGAACGGAACAACGAGAAACAUGACCACAAAGAACCGAAUGGCAAGGAACAGGAAACCCAGGCAGAUCUGAACAAGGAGGAAGAAGACACUCACAAAGAAAGGAACGAGAAGGAGCAGGACAGCCGAACUUCGAGUCGCAGUUCCAGGAGCAACAGCCCAGAAGAGGACGCAGUCCCCGCACAGAGGGCUUCAGCACCAUCACCCCGAGCAUUAGGCGGCGGGAUGUCAGUGGUCGGCAUUGACCUCGGCUUUCUCAACUGCUACAUCGCAGUAGCGAGGAGCGGCGGCAUCGAAACCAUCGCCAAUGAGUACAGCGACAGGUGUACCCCAGCCUGUAUAUCUUUGGGAUCGAGAACUCGAGCCAUUGGAAAUGCAGCUAAGAGCCAGAUAGUCACGAAUGUAAGAAAUACAAUUCAUGGUUUCAAAAAGCUUCAUGGGCGAUCAUUUGAUGAUCCUAUUGUGCAAACUGAAAGGAUCAAGCUUCCCUAUGAGCUGCAGAAGAUGCCUAAUGGAAGUGCAGGAGUUAAGGUGCGAUACCUAGAAGAAGAGAGACCUUUUGCAAUUGAGCAAGUUACUGGAAUGCUGUUGGCUAAGCUUAAAGAGACUUCAGAAAAUGCUUUGAAGAAACCAGUGGCUGACUGUGUGAUUUCAAUUCCUAGCUUUUUCACUGAUGCUGAAAGAAGAUCUGUGAUGGCGGCAGCCCAGGUUGCGGGUUUAAAUUGUUUAAGGCUAAUGAAUGAAACUACUGCAGUCGCACUAGCAUAUGGAAUUUAUAAACAGGAUCUUCCUCCAUUAGAUGAGAAACCAAAAAAUGUAAUAUUUAUUGAUAUGGGACAUUCUGCCUACCAGGUCUCAGUUUGUGCUUUUAACAAAGGAAAACUUAAAGUCUUGGCUACUACCUUUGAUCCAUAUUUGGGUGGCAGGAACUUUGAUGAGGUUUUAGUAGACUACUUCUGUGAUGAGUUCAAGACAAAAUAUAAGAUAAAUGUGAAAGAAAACUCUCGGGCCUUGUUGCGCUUAUAUCAGGAAUGUGAAAAACUAAAGAAGCUAAUGAGUGCGAAUGCAUCAGAUCUUCCACUGAACAUUGAGUGUUUCAUGAAUGACCUUGAUGUUUCUAGUAAGAUGAACAGGGCUCAAUUUGAACAAUUAUGUGCUUCCCUCUUAGCCAGAGUUGAUCCACCAUUAAAAGCAGUAAUGGAACAAGCUAACUUACAACGUGAAGACAUAAGUAGUAUAGAAAUUGUAGGGGGAGCAACUCGAAUUCCUGCUGUGAAGGAACAGAUCACUAAAUUCUUUCUUAAAGACAUAAGUACCACAUUAAAUGCUGAUGAAGCUGUUGCAAGAGGAUGUGCAUUACAGUGUGCGAUUCUCUCACCAGCAUUUAAAGUGCGUGAAUUUUCCAUAACAGACCUUGUUCCCUAUUCAGUCACAUUAAGAUGGAAGACCUCUUUUGAAGAUGGAACUGGGGAAUGUGAAGUAUUCUGCAAGAACCAUCCUGCCCCAUUCUCCAAAGUCAUUACUUUCCACAAGAAAGAACCAUUUGAACUAGAAGCAUUUUAUACAAAUUUACAUGAAGUGCCUUAUCCAGAUCCAAGAAUUGGGAGCUUCACUAUUCAGAAUGUUUUCCCACAGUCUGAUGGUGAUAGUUCCAAAGUUAAGGUUAAAGUUCGUAUUAACAUCCAUGGAAUCUUCAGUGUGGCUAGUGCAUCAGUAAUUGAGAAGCAGAAUGUAGAAGGGGAUCACAGUGAUGUUCCUAUGGAGACAGAAACUUCUUUUAAGAAUGAAAGCAAAGAUGAUGUGGAUAAAAUGCAGGUUGACCAAGAAGAAGGAGGUCAUCAAAAAUGUCAUGCUGAACACACUCCAGAAGAAGAGAUUGAUCAUACAGGAACCAAAACAAAGCCUGCUCCCUCAGAUAAACAGGAGCGAUUAAACCAGACCAAUAAAAAAGGAAAAGGCAAGAGUAUUGAUCUACCUAUUCAGAGUAGCCUGUAUAGACAAUUGGGCCAAGAUCUUCUCAACAGCUACAUUGAAAAUGAGGGGAAGAUGAUAAUGCAGGAUAAAUUAGAGAAAGAAAGAAAUGAUGCGAAGAAUGCUGUUGAAGAAUAUGUAUAUGAUUUUAGAGACAAGCUUGGCACUGUCUAUGAAAAAUUUAUCACUCAAGAAGACUUGAAUAAACUGUCUGCAAUAUUGGAAGACACAGAAAAUUGGCUUUAUGAAGAAGGAGAGGACCAACCUAAACAAAUUUAUGUGGAUAAGCUUCAAGAACUAAAGAAAUAUGGCCAGCCUAUUCAAAUGAGGUACAUGGAACAUGAAGAGAGACCAAAAGCUUUAAACGACUUGGGAAGAAAGAUCCAACUUGUCAUGAAAGUGAUAGAAGCAUACAGAAACAAGGAUGAAAGAUACGAUCAUUUGGAUCCUGCUGAAAUGGAAAAAGUUGAAAAAUAUAUCAGUGAAGCCAUGAGUUGGCUGAACAGUAAGAUGAAUGCACAAAACAAACUAAGUCUCACUCAAGAUCCUGUGGUGAAAAUUUCAGAAAUAGUUGCAAAGUCAAAGGAACUGGAUAAUUUCUGUAAUCCCAUCAUUUAUAAGCCCAAACCGAAAGUAGAGGUUGCUGAAGACAAGGCAAAAGCUAAUAGUGAACACAAUGGACCAAUGGAUGGACAGAGUGGGACUGAAACUAAACCAGAUACAACAGAAGACAGCUCACAGCAUACUAAAUCUUCUGGAGAGAUGGAAGUGGACUAAGUCUUAAUUUUACCUUCACGUAAUUCAAACAGUGCAAGUAAACCACAGGGUCCAUUCUUUUACAUCUGAUACACACAACAGAUGUUUAGUUGUUCUUAACCACUUUUUGUCAUUUGUUUUUUGGAGUUGUUUUGAAAAGUGUUUUCUCUUGAGUGCACCUCUCCUCAUUUCCAUUGCUGCUUAUGUGAAGCUUUAGCUGAAUAUAGAUUAACAAAUCAGUUUAAGCUUUCCUAAUAUAUUGUAUGUCAAACAUGCAAGAUUGAUAAGUAGUUGGCAACAAACUACCUUAUUUAAAGCUUCUACUUGGAUAAACCUCAGCUCCUUUAUUCAGGAAAGGAUACUAUAUUGCACUAUUGUUCCAGAAGCAUAGAUUUAAUUGCAUCAUUAUUUUGAAAAACAAAUAUUGAAAUUGAUGUGGUUUAAAGCCACCAAGGCACUGUCCUUUUUCUAGUUACUGUAUUGUUAUAAUUUAAUUAUUAAAACAUAUAAGAGGUUCCUUGACAAAUUAGUCCAUCUCAUUGGUGUGCCAUGAGAACUUCAAAACUGUUGUCAUCAUAUAAAUGAACUAAGUCACACAUUGAAAGGGAAAAUGCACAAUUUUAUGUUAAGGUGACACCAGCAGUUCACUGUCAUGUGGAUUGAUGUUUCUCAGAGUAAUUCAGUGUCUUUAGCACUUGAAACUUCUGAUCUACUUGUCCUGAAGACCAGCUGCUGCUAAAGUAAUGCUAGCCUAAAAAUGGUGAAGCAUUUUUGAUGAAAAUAACCUUCAUGUUAAGGGGGAAAUGCUGUUGACCAACUCAGACAUGCAUCUGUGAUGUUGAUAGCCUUGUUUUAGUUUCAAUAGUUGUUUUGGUUUUCUCAAUUGACUUUGUUAAUAUGUUAACACAGGGUAGGGAGAAAUGGCACAAUGUGUAUUGCAUUAUAUACAUUUAUCACUGAUUUACUUAAUGUUAACAUAGAACACUAAAUAAGCAGUAAUACUUGAAAAGAAGCAUUUAUACCGUAAGUCUUAGGAAAUAAUGCUUGUAAUAAACUUAACUGUGUUACACAGCAACAGGCAAAAUAUAGAAUGUUACAUAGUGUAAUAUGAUAUGAUGUGAUUAAAUUAUAAGUUCCUGCUGUUACGUUACCUGUUCAGACCUUGGCUCCAGUUUUGGUGCUUCAUAUAUAAAUUAUAUGGGAAAAGGGGCUGUGAAAUUAAGAUAUUUUAAGGACUUAAUCUGUGCUUCAUCACCAGACUUGUUCAUACUGUUCAGUUCUGUCCAGAAGCUUGAAACUAAGUAUGGGAGCAAAUUGAAAUGACUUUUCAACCUACAAGAAAAAGAAGCAUAGACAAUGCAUAGACACUUGUGUGCUUAAUGCUAAUUAACUAGAUUGACCUAGGUUAAAAUUUUGAAAAGCUCAGUUUUUCCCAAAGCUACAUCUUUAUAUUAAGAAUUAACAUUGACUUUUCUUUAGUAAAAAUUGAGAGUUUAAUAUCUUUAGGGAUAGUCAUUACUUCUCACAGCUAGUUCUCUUAAGAGAGAUUUUGUUUCUACAAUGUAGUCUGCACUGAAAGGAAAGUAUGGAGCAAUGCAUUUUGCAGGGAUUUUUAUUCAUCCUUUUUGAGGGAGAUGUCCCUUUUUUGCAUUAAAAAAUCAUAUAGACCCAAUAUAUUUUUAAUGUUUUCAAACUAAUGAAAUAAUUAUAUCCAUUAGUGAUGAUGAAAUACAUUUUUUAAAAGCAUGUAUUGUUACUUCCAUUUGUAUGUUAAAUAUAUAGGUUCACUUCAUUAAGAGAAUCAAAGUUAUGAAAGGGAAUAUGUAACAGUACACAUAGAGUUUUAUAGCUUUUUCUUGUGUUAAGAAGAAACUCUCCACCCACUGUGUUAGGAGCUGUACCUCCAAAACUAAUUGGGAAUACGUGGGAACAAACCUUUUUGCAUCUCAACUGUCUAGUACAUCCUGACAUUUUCAGUUCCUUAAGUCAGUUUAUAUAGUUCUGUGUUUUAGUCAGAAUUAUAAUAUUCCAAUUGCUGCAGUUAUGUAACACUUCACUUAAUAAGUUAAAUAUAUCCACAGAUAAUAUGUAUACUUUUCCUACCCAUUUUUAUUCAACUUAAAUGAUCUUCAAAAGCCCUUAACCUUAUAAUUAGUUAUUUAUUGAAUACAUUAAUAAAAGAGAAAAUGUUCUCCUUAAUAUAGUUUUGGGUAGAAGGUAUGGGUUCACUUUAAUUUUAACCUGUAUGAAAUAUGUAGUGCUUAGACAAAAAACUGAAGAUCUUUUUUCAAAAUAAAAAGCCACUAUUUUAGAAGUUAUUUUUUAAAAAUACAUAGCAAAAUAGGAUGUUUUCCUAUAGUAAGCAAAUAAGAACUAAGUAUGUAGGAAAUGAUUAAUAGGAUUAAUAGGAAAUUAUUAAUCUAAUGUAUUAAUGUAUUAAUCUAACACACUUCGACUCUAUGGAAAAGGGUAAAUUAUUUGGUUUCAGAAAUCAACUCCUGAUAGCCAAUCAUACUGUGAUUUUAGAAACAAAGAUUGCUAAAUAAUAUAAUGAAAGAAAGUCUGCAAUGUUUUAAUUCCUUAGCAACAUACAGAAUACUUAAGUUUUGAAACAACUCUCAAUACAAACAGCACACCAAAGAAUUAGGCUAUUGGAAUAACAGAUAAUCUCAAUUUUAAAAAGGUAAAAAUUAGACUUUAAGAAGAAAUAAAGAGUUCUUAGACUUUGGGGAGAUCAAUUUUUAGUAUAUUUAUGAUUAUAUUUCCUAGCUAGAAGCCUUCGAAGUGAAUUUGGGGGAUUAAUUAUCAAUAGGUUAAAACAUUUUAUCCAAAUUAGCACAUCUUCAACUGUUUUGAAAAAUUAUAUUUAAAGAUAACAGACAUUUGAAUACAAUAAUCAAUUGACCCAAAAUAGAUUUAACCAUCCCUGCAUUUUCAUAAAUUUGAAUUGUAACAUUAAGCCUACAAAUAUUCCCAUCAGGAUUUUCUGUUUUGUUUUUAAUAGUUGGUAUUUGGUAGUCUACAACAAAGCCUUGGCAUUAAUUUAACAUAUCACAGAUUUACAAGUGAUAGAAAAAUAUGACUUCAUCUUUCUCAACUUUUAGAAUUUUACAACAAAAAACUUCAAUUUUAAAGUAAAUGUUAUUUUGUGGUUAGACUUCAGAAGUUUUAAGUGGAAUUUGGUUUUAUAUUGGAUUCUGUAAAACUUAAUGAGAGGCAUAUUUAAGUAUAUUGAUAUAUCAGUAUUUAAAAUCUGAUGGUAUUGAUUAAAGUCAGCCACUGAUGACUUUUCAGAUGACAUAAGUGUAGGGAUGCUUAGUUUGAGUCUCAUGUUUUAUUAUCCUCUUAACUACAGUGUUUUGUAACUGUCAUUUACCAAACUAAAUAAUCUUCUUAGUCAGUUUCAGAAGAGACAGACUUUUUGAUCAAAAAAGAAAAAAGUUUUAAAAUUACCUUUUGUUUUUUGUCAAGGUUUGAUUUAAACCAAAAUAAAAUUUUUUUAAAAUUUC